AGAGUUGACACGCAGAAAUACAAUGAUGAGACAAUGUAUAUCAGCUGAAGAACGACUAACCAUCACUUUAAGGUACUUAGCAACUGGAUGUAAUUUCACAGAUCUUCAUAUAGAUUUUAAAUGUGGACAUACUACUGCACGCAGAAUUGUUAAAGAAACCGUAGAAGUAAUAUGGAAUAAAUUAAAAGUCAUAUCCAUGCCAGAACCAAUAGAAGAAUCACAUUUAAAAACCGCUGAAGGAUUUAUGAAACAUGCAAAUUUUCCUAACAUAAUUGGAGCAAUAGAUGGAAAACAUAUAAGAAUUAUAAAACCAUGUCAUACCGGCUCAGAAUAUUACAAUUACAAACAUUUUUUUUCCAUCGUGUUGCUAGCAAUAUGUGACGCUAAUUAUAAUUUCAUAGCUAUCGAUGUCGGAUGCUAUGGAAAGAGCUCCGAUUCAACAAUACAUGACAGCAGCGAAUGGGUUAAGAAAAUACGAGAAGGAAAUUUUAAAAUACCUCAACCGAGACCUAUAUGUAACAAUGGAAUACCUAUACCGUUUUCAUUUAUUGGCGAUGAAGGAUUUGCCUUAUCCGAACACUUGCAAAGACCAUACGCUGGUAAACAUUUACCACGAAAUAAGAGAAUAUACAAUUACCGCUUGACACGCGCAAGGCGUUAUAUUGAAUGUACGUUUGGUAUAUUGAGUAACAAAUUUAAAAUUUUCAACAGGCCCAUAAACGUUAAUGUUGAUUUUGCUACGAACAUUGUUAAAGCGUGUUGCGUAUUGCACAAUUUCAUACGUAAGCGAGAUGGAUACCAAUUUGAUCACACUCUGAGUAUAAUUGGAUUCCAAGAUUCACCUGCCAGUGAAAAUUUACAUUUAAUAAGAAGACGAAGAUCUGAACUAAGUGGUACUGCAAUUCGAAAUAUAUAUACUGACUAUUUCACCGGUGAAGGUUCUGUACCGUGGCAAGAUUCAAAAAUUUGAAAAAAGUAACCAAUAAAAUAACCAGCAAAGGAGAUCAUCUUGUUUAUAUUUUUACUAUAGGUACUAAUUAUUAUCUCCUAAACGCGUGAACCAAUUUGCAUGAUUCAAACGAAUAAAAUGGUUUUAGACCUAGACCUUUCGUUUGACACCAAAAUCGUUAAGAUAUCUCAACAAACAAAAAAUCACAUUUUCAAGUUGCUCUCGUAAUUAUCUAACAUGUUUGUGAAACGCGUACAAACAAUUCUUUUAAAAACUAUCUUAUUAAACGUUCACAAUUAGCGCAGUAUUACUAUUAAAUUAAUGAAGUGAAAUUAAUGAAUGAGUUAAAUAACUUACCACAAUCAUUCUUUUCUUUGUUA